UGAUGAGUUGCUGUGGGAUUCUUUUGGAUCACCAUUUGUUUUUAGGUACAGCACUAAGGUUUCAUAAUUUCGUAUUUGCAUUUGUUUAAAGCUGCACACCUCAAGAAGCCCCACGAACGGAUAUAUGGAUUUUAAAACAAGGCCACAAAAGAGUUAUGGAUAGAUAAACUUACAAGAUGACAGUUUCUUGUUUAAUUGUCCUGCAGCAACACACUUGCGCUUUCAAGAGAGACCUCCAAUUGUCUUCCAUGGCUACCACCAUCAAACCCUUUUUUCCACAUUUUGCUUCUCCUAAACAGAUUAUUGCCUCUAACUCUCCAAGGAUUUCAUGUAAACCCAUCUCAGAUUCAGUGGCUAAUUUGUCCGUUUCUCGCUUGGUUAGACAGUAUGGUCAAGUUGCAGUCUCUGUUUCGUUCAAUCCGUCGGGGAAUUUUGAACUUUCUUUAUUUGAUGAUGAAGAUGAUUCCACUUCAGCUUCACCUCCAAUGCCCCCAACUGAGGAUCGAUUCAAUGUUGUUAUUGACAAUGAUGUUAUUAGCCGUCUGGAUUUAUCCCCUUUCCACAAGGUUACAGGAAUUAAUUCACCUUCCUCAGCUGAGCCUAAAGAGUUUCUUGAACGUACAAUUGGAUUCACCAUUAACUAUAAAAGAGAAGAUCCACGUGAUCCUCGAGAACUAUCAGAAUUCCCUGAUGUAAGGCUCUGGUUUGUGAGACUUGAUGCUACUUAUCCUUGGCUACCUGUCUUGUUGGAUUGGAGAGCUGGAGAGCUUGCCCGUUAUGCAGCCAUGUUAGUCCCUCACCAGAUGAAUAUGAAAAUGGGUAUUGUUUUUAAUCCUGAGGCAUUGGAAUUGUUUAUCAUGAAGAAAGUUUUCAUUGUAUAUUCUUGGUUAAAGCAGCAUAAUGUUCCGAAGCCUAGACUGAAGACGAGUGACAUGGCCAGGAUGCUUGGAUUUGGGAUUGGAGAUGAACUUUUUGACUUGGUAGAUCAAUCCCCACCUGCUUCAUAAAAAAGCAACCUUAAAUAUGAGAACUUCUUUCCAUAGGCUGAUCCAAAAUCUCCAUUUAUCAUAUAAGCUGCCGGGUGUCAAUUGGCAUCUUAAAGUAUUUGCAACUGACAGUCACUGCUGAGAACUGCAUGGAAAGAGGCCUGCCAAACACCAGCACACCAAGUAAUGCUCUGUCCUGCUGUACGCUCUUAUCGAGUGCUUGAUUCUUUGUAUUUUAUUAGUACAGAAAGGAAAAUGCAUACAGAAAAUAUUACCAA